AUUUAAUUUCAGAGGAGGCGUAUGCUGGUGUCUUGAGAGAGAGAGAGAGAAGCGCUUCCUGAGUAAGAGUACCACUUUCUCUCUCUAUUGAACCUCAAUAAUUUUCGGAAUCCGAAGAGCUGUUCUCUUCCAUCAAAGAAAAGCAAAAGAGCGCUUCUUUUCUUCUCACACGAAAGAGAAAGUUCUACAUAUUUAAAUCCUCUGUAAACCCUAACCUAAUUAAUUAAUUGAUUAAUUAACUAAUUGUUCGAUCGAUUGAUAAUCAAUCAUCAGAUCAAUUGAUCCAGCUGUGUUGUGUAAUUGAGACCCCCAAAUUCUCAGAAUCGGCGAAAAUGGUGUCGGCUAAUAGGGAGAUGGUGGUGUACUGCUUCGACAUCCUCGUCGCUCACUACAACAGCGAACAAGCCCCUCCUCCUGCUUUCGAUGAGGGUCAACACCCAUUGUUUGUUACUUGGAAGAAAGUUGUAAAUGGUGGGGAGCCUCGACUACGUGGAUGCAUUGGGACUCUGGAGGCCCGCGCCUUAAUCAAUGGUUUCAAGGACUAUGCGCUAACGAGCGCCCUGAAGGAUCGCCGGUUCCCCCCCAUACAGGCUAAGGAGUUGCCUAAUUUGGAAUGUACAGUUUCCAUUCUGACUGAUUAUGAAACUGCUCCCCACUACCUUGAUUGGCAGAUUGGGAAGCAUGGUAUAAUCAUUGAGUUCACUGAUCCUGACUAUAAUACAAGGCGAAGCGCCACAUACCUGCCCGAGGUGGCUGCUCAUGAAGGUUGGACAAAGAUUGAAACAAUUGACUCAUUGAUACGGAAAGCAGGUUACAAUGGCACCAUCACUGAAUCACUCAGGAAGCGCAUCAAGCUGACCCGUUACCAGAGCACGCUAUUCACUAUGCACUAUGGUGAUUACAUCUCCUAUGUCAAGACAACCAGAGGUGCUGCUCCCUCUGUUGUUGGGGCUAAGCCCAGCUAAUUGUUCCAAACAGCUUUCUUUGAAAGCAUAACCGGUUUGGUUAUCAAUGGGUUGGAAUGGAUUUCUUGGGGUUCCAACCCAUACAAGAAAUUGUAAUAACCUGUCUAAAUUAUUUCUUCAAUUUCAUUUGAUUUUGAAGAGAACACCAAAAACACUCUUCCAUUUGAACUCUGGUUACUGUGCCUAUUGCACAAAAUUUGUGUCUGGCAGCUUCUCUGGAACUGCAAUGGUGUAUACCAUUAUUGUUUGUAAUAUACAUUUGACCCAGUGUGUUUAUUUGUA